AUUGAAACCAACCCUAAGUUUCUUUUAUCUCUGCUCUAGAGGUAGCCUCGAUUAUUGCUGACUUAAGCAUCGGAGUGUCUACCCCGAGGACCCACCUCGGGGCUUUGCAGGUACAUCCGAAGUGAAGAUGCAGACUGAAGAAGGACUUCUGGUUUGGUGCAAUUACACAUAUGAAAGUCUUCCAUAUUUAGAUGAUCCGAAUGAUGAUGCUGAUGAUGAUGCUGAGGAUGAGAAAGUAGACGAAAAUGAGUUUGACGAUGAGGAUGAGUUUGACGAUGAGGAUGAUAGGGAUGAGGACGAGUUUCGGGAUGAGGAUGAUAGGGAUGAGGACGAGUUUCAGGAUGAGAAUGACUUGAAGUAUCAAAUAAAGUAUUUGAGUGAGAGGAUUAUUUGGAUGAAGUUGGAGGUGAAAUAUCUGGAACCUUACCUCCGAACCACCCAAGAGAGGUAUGCACGUCAAGCUAAGAUCCCAUAUUACAAAUUGAUUCGUGUUGGACAUCCUACAGAGGAACACGUGCGGUAUCAUCAGAGGUGGAGGGGGGAGCCCGGAAUUAUUGAAAAGUUCAAAGCCUUUAGUGAAAAGUACAGGGCAAGUACAAAGAACCUUGAAAGUAAAAUGACUCAAAGAGUGGGAAUAGAGGGUGUCACUGCCGUGAAUUCAAGUAGCUUUGGAGCAAUGGGAACCCCAUUUGAGCCAGCAAGGGAAUUAAAGAGAAAGGGAGAGGAAGAACCGGAUGAAGUAUGUAGUCAGUAAACUGUAGCCCCUCUCUUCCAAGUUCUUUUUUGCAUUGAAUUAUUUGGUUUAGAUUUUUGUAAAUUCACAAAUAUAAGGUUUAGUUUGAAUUUAAACCAUAAAUUAACCAUAAAACU